GAGAAAGGACCUGGGGAUCUAUUACAUGAAGAGCUUUUCUGCUGGCUAAUUUUGGAAGAGAUUGCCAGUACCAUAACUGGGAGUAAGGAUUACACUGUGAAUCUUCAAGGAGAAAUGUAUAGGAACCCAGAACUAGAUCUGGGAGAAGCAUCUUCUCACAUUUCCAGAAACAAGAGCAGUGACGUGACCCUUCAAAGUGGUGAUGUCAAGAAGUAUUUAAGUGCCAUGGAAAGUGAAGAAUAUUUGUCUUUGAAAGUUCCGGGCCAAAUGGCCAAACAGGACUCCUCAGUGACAUUUUGUGACAAUGAGCCCCAGGACCCUCAGAAGACAAAAAGUCUGUUUGUAACAGAAGAAAGUACUGAGAGAAAAGUAUUAGGAGGGAAAAGUCCUCCCAUAGACCAUUGUUCAGAGACCCUUCAUAUUAAACUUGUGUCUGAUGUAAUAGAACUGGUCUCACCAUUGUUAGGUAGUGAAGCUAUUUGCCAGAAGAGCCAAUUGAAAGAAUCCUUGGAUCCCUUUGACUGUAACUGUAAUAACAUUUAUGGUUGGAAAUCACGAGUGGUCAGUCAUCAGAGAGCUCCUACAAAGAACCAUCUCUGUAAUCAUUAUGACUCUGGCAAAAUACAUAAUACCAGCUCAUAUAGUCACUCAUGUGAGAAAAUACACAAUGCAGAGAAACAAUACCAAUGCAGUAGGUGUGGUAAGGACUUCCAUGAGAGCUCAGAACUACUACUUCAUCAGAAAGACCACACAAAAGAAAAGCCCUACAAAUGUGAGCAUUGUGGGAAGGGUUUCGCAAGGAGCUCAAGUCUCCUCAUCCAUCAAGCCAUCCACACAGAUGAGAAACCUUACAAGUGUGACAAGUGUGGGAAGGGCUUCACAAGGAGUUCAAGUCUGCUUAUUCAUCAUGCAGUCCAUACAGGCGAGAAACCUUAUAAAUGUGACAAGUGUGGGAAGGGCUUUAGUCAGAGCUCCAAAUUGCAUAUCCACCAGCGAGUGCACACUGGUGAGAAGCCCUAUGAGUGCGGGGAGUGUGGAAUGAGCUUCAGUCAGCGCUCUAACCUGCACAUCCACCAGCGAGUCCACACAGGAGAGAGGCCCUACAAAUGUGGAGAGUGUGGCAAGGGCUUUAGUCAGAGUUCGAACCUUCACAUUCACCGGUGCAUACACACAGGAGAGAAGCCUUACCAGUGCUAUGAGUGUGGGAAGGGCUUCAGCCAGAGCUCAGAUCUCCGCAUCCAUCUCAGAGUUCACACUGGGGAAAAGCCCUAUCACUGCGGCAAGUGUGGGAAAGGGUUUAGCCAGAGCUCUAAACUCCUCAUCCACCAGAGAGUACAUACUGGAGAAAAGCCCUAUGAGUGCAGCAAGUGUGGGAAGGGCUUCAGCCAGAGCUCCAACCUCCACAUCCACCAGCGAGUUCACAGGAAAGAUCCCUCUUAACAAGCUCUUCAAUUAUAUGCUUGUACUCUAAAGACUUAAAUAUUUUUAACAUCACUCUGACCUCUAUAUUCUAUGAAGAUGAGUUAAGAUAUGUUCCCUCACUAAAAAUAAUUCAUUCAUUUGAAGUAUUUAAGUGCCAAGAACUUUUGUUAUACUAUACAGUGAAUUCCUUUAUCUAGUUCCUUAGAUAGGUGAUGUGAAAACAGCUGUACACUAGUUCAGCCAGUGUUAUUAGAAUUAUACUAGAGGCCCCGUGCAUCUGUAGAGUCCCUAGACCUGGCCAGAGGUCAGGAUCAGUCAGGGCCUUCCAGCUGACAGACAGGGUCUGCCUUCCCUGGCUGACAGCUGACGGCCACUGGCCGCACCCUUCCUUCAUUCCACACCGCCUCCUGGUGGUCAGCACACAUCAUAGUGAGCAAUAGAACUCCUGAGGGGACACUUUGCACAUUAGCCUUUUAUAUAUAUAUAGGUACUCAGCAUUUAUAACUGUAAGGAUAUUACAUUUAUCCAAGUUCAACAUGUUUCCCUUUGUUCACAAUCUCAGAAAUCAUAACACUAGUUUCUUUUCAAAUCAGGUGUCUUGUGUUUUUCAUAUUUCUUUACAGCCUGAGUAGCCCUGAAUAAACUAUAAUGAUAU